AUGGGUGAAAUUGUACUCCUUACUGCUACGCCGGGUAUUGCUGCAGCCAACAUACCCUCGGGAAGAACAACAUAUUCCAGAUUCAAAAUCCCAAUUGAUACUGAAGCUUCCCUCGCCUGCGAUGUCUCAAAGCAAGAAAGUUUGGCUGCAUUGAUACAUGCAACAACUUUGAUCAUAUGGGACGAGGAUUUGAUGGUUCUCCCUGUCCUUCCCCGUAAGACACAACUCGAAGCAGUCGCGGUCAGUUUAGUCAGUUCUUCCCUCUGGCCUAAACUCACUAAAUCUCGCCUCACAGAAAACAUACGUGCUAGAGAAGACCCGGGCUUCUAUGAGUUUUUGCUAGCUCUGGGUAAUGGAGAACUACAAACCCCCGACAAUAGCCUUGUCCACUUGCCAAGUGAGGUUCUGAAACCUCUGGAAGAUGGAAAAGAUCCCAUCACAGAUCUCACAACGCUUACAUUUCCUGAGUUAGACCUCAAUAACUUCAGCUCUGACAUAUUUACAACAAGGGAAAUUUUGACCCCAAUGAAUGAUGAUGUUUAUUCCAUCAACAUGGAUUUGAUUAAAAAGUUCCUGGGCGUGUCUGUUGUGUACAGAAGCUUUAACACAAUGCUUGAUAAAAAUUGUAAUGUCUAUCCUACAGAGUUUAUAAAUACACCGUGCCCUGGUGGAAUGAGCCCCCAUGAACUAACCUUAAAAAUGGGGAGUCCAGUCAUUUUGCUCCGAAAUGUACUCCCAUCUUCUGGUCUUUGCAAUGGCACGAGACUAAUAUGCAAAGGUUUCUUCCCCAGCCUGAUUCAAUGUGUGAUUAUAACUGUCCAUCGUAAAGGCAAGUAUGUCUUCAUACCACGUGUUAAGCUACGACCGACUGCCUCCUCUAAGUAUCCAAUUCUCUUUCAGAGGAAACAAUUUCCUAUCAAGCUCAAUUUUGCAAUGGCAAUCAACAAGUCCCAGGGACAGAAACUUAGUCAAGUCAAGUUGAUGUUUACCUUCCUCGUCCAUUGUAGGACGAUGAUCCGUUUGAAGACUUGGAGGCUUUUUGAAGGAGGACUUAUCGUGAUGAGUCAUCGUGUUUGCACAGUGAACCCAUCAGGGAUGUCAGGUCAUCGUGUUUUCACAGUGAACCUGUCAUCUUCAGAUGGUCCGUUUGAAGACUUGGAUGCUUUUUAA